GACUGGGGCGGGUCAGGUCUCAACUGGAGCCUGAAAACUUCCUGUUCUCUGCUGCACCGAUGCAAAUCACUUCCUGAAAGUCUGAGCUCUGUAUCUUUAACUGGUGCAGCCUUCUCAUUUGUUCUCGACAGUAACUGAAGAAUCAGCACGUCGGUGGUGGACGGUUAAAUAAGGACCUCAGCGCCGCCAGGAUCAUCAGGCUCACGGACACACUCAGAAGACGUCGGUCCUUUCUGUUGGAGCAGAUCAAGAUGAAGAGACGAGACAUUCCACUCUGCAAGCAGCAGUCCACGCCCAGCUUGGGGAAAGAGAUGCCGCGACUUUUCCAGAGAAUGUCCAUCAACGACAUGGACGAGAGCGUGCGUCUGAUGGCAGAGAAGGUUUAUGCCUCCGCACUGAAGGAGGAGAACAACAAGACGGUCAUGGCUCUGUUCUCUGUGCCGGAGGACUGUCCCAUCGGGCUGCAUGAGGACAGACAGAGGGCCCUGCAGAGGGAGCUGGCUGAGCAGCAGUCCAAGGAGUCCAGGGAGAGGAAGAAGAGCUUCAAGCUGAAACGCUCUCACUCUGUAUCCGGAGCCGCACCCGAGCCCAGCGUCCCAGACGGCUUCCCAGAGUUCCAGAGGGUCACCAUCAGCGGAGACCACUGUGCAGGGGUGACGGUGGAGGACUACGAGCAGGCGGCCCGCAGUCUGGUCCAGGCGCUGCUCAUCAGGGAGAAGUACUCCAGGCUGAUCUACCACCGCUUCCCCAGAACCACGGCCCAGUUUCUCCGCACGGCCUCCAACGACACGUGGCAGCAGGAGCACGAGACCUUUCCGGACAUCCUGCCUUGCCCUCAGGAAGGGGAGGACCCCUACUCCAUUGAGGGGAUCCCCGACGACCUGAACUACGAGCUGCAGAUGAAGGACGGCAUAGUUCACGUCUACGACAGCGCAGAGGCUCUGAAGCAGGAGCAGGUUCACAGCCUCCCGUACCCGGACCUCGAGACCUUCGCCAUAGACCUGAGCUACAUCCUGGCAAUGAUCGUCGACGGCCCGACGAAAACCUACUGUCACAGACGCCUGAACUUCUUGGCCUCAAAGUUUCACCUUCAUGAAAUGAUGAACGAGAUGGCGGAGCUGAAAGAACUGAAGAGCGUUCCACACAGAGACUUCUACAACGUCAGAAAGGUGGACACACACAUUCAUGCUGCUGCCUGCAUGAACCAGAAGCAUCUGCUGAACUUCAUCCAGACCACGUACCAGACGGACGCAGAGCGCGAGGUGCUGGAGCGAGGUGCUCAGAAGCUGACGCUGCGGCAGGUCUUCAGAAACCUCCACAAGGACCCGUACGACCUGACCGUGGACUCGCUGGACGUGCACGCCGGCAGACAAACAUUUCAUCGGUUCGAUAAGUUCAACUCCAAAUACAACCCGGUCGGCGCCAGCGAGCUGCGGGAGAUCUACUUGAAAACAGACAACUUCAUCAAAGGAGAGUACUUUGCCCGAAUCAUCAAGGAAGUGGCUGCAGAGCUGGAGGAGAGCAAGUACCAGCACGCGGAGCCGCGCCUGUCAAUCUACGGCCGCUCGCCCAGCGAGUGGGAGAGUCUGGCCUCCUGGUUCAUCCAGCAUAAGGUCCACUCCCCCAACAUGAGGUGGAUGAUCCAGGUUCCCCGCAUCUAUGACAUUUUCAGGGCGAAGAAAUUAGUCCCCAACUUUGCCAAGAUCCUGGAGAACAUCUUCCUUCCCCUCUUUCAAGCUACAGUCAAUCCACAAAAGCACAACGCAGUGCACGUCUUCCUAAAAUACGUGACGGGCUUCGACAGCGUGGACGACGAGUCCAAGCACAGCGACCACAUGUUCUCCUACAGGAGCCCGAAGCCUGAGGAGUGGACGGCGGACGACAACCCGCCCUACACCUACUACCUGUUCUACAUGUACGCCAACAUCAUGGUGCUCAACAACCUCCGCAAGGAGCGAGGACUCAACACUUUCCAGUUCCGCCCUCACUGCGGAGAAGCCGGCUCCAUCACACACCUGGUCUCCGCCUUCCUCACCGCAGACAACAUCUCCCACGGACUCAACCUCAAAAAGAGUCCAGCCUUGCAGUACAUGUACUACCUGGCACAGGUGCCCAUCGCCAUGUCCCCGCUGAGCAACAACAGCCUCUUCCUUCAGUACUCCAAGAACCCUCUGCAGGAGUUUCUGCACAAAGGCCUGUGUGUGUCCCUGUCCACAGACGACCCCAUGCAGUUCCACUACACCAAGGAGGCGCUGAUGGAGGAGUACGCCAUCGCAGCCCAGGUGUGGAAGCUGAGCACAUGCGACCUGUGUGAGAUAGCCAGGAACAGCGUCCUGCAGAGCGGCCUCUCGCACCAGGAGAAGAAGCUUUACAUCGGGCCCGAGUAUCUACAAGAAGGGCCGGAGGGCAACGACAUCCGUCAGACCAACGUGGCCCAGAUCCGCAUGGCCUACCGCUACGAGACGCUGUGCAACGAGCUCAGCCUUCUGGUGGACGCGGUGAAGACGGAGGGCGGCGGCGACGGCUCCGCGUCCUGAUGACGUCACCGCAGCAGCUGUCUGUCAUGAUCUACCUGAUGCAUUGUGGGUCUGAGGCCUUACGAACUGUACAUGUACAGACAUUUUCUAAACUUUUAUUUACAUUUACUACUAAUGUGCGUUACCUUCUUCCACGCGCGUUUUAAGGUUUAAUCCUGCAGCGUGUGACUGUUCGUUUCAGCUGGAGGCCAGUUGGACUUCUACAAGCAGGGUCCUACACGUUAUUGCUUCAUAGUUUUAGGUUUUGUUCUGCUAUAAAAAUAAAAGCUGAAGAACACA